GCUGACAGCUACACUCGUCCUGAGCAGACCUACUUCGUUUCAGGUCUCAGUUUUCUGUCUUGUCCACCUCUUCUACCACUAGGCAAUCUGCUGCGGGUUCAGCACCUCUUUGACGACCCGGCCAACAAGGGUCUAAGACUCUGACGAGAACAAGCUACUUUGAGUUACUAGAUGCACCAGACUCCCGUUGCCGCCGACAUUGGAUAACAACGGCAUUCGUCGCUUCACCAUCAUGCCUACACAGGAGCAAGGCGAACGAUUCGUGAUGAUCGUACUGCACAUCACAAACCCGGGGAACAACGGCGGAGCGCCUCAAUUCUACCCUUUUUGGGUGAUUAGCACAACUGCUACUCGCAUGAUCCAGAACCACAUUGGGAAGAAAGCAAAGGACGUCCUAAACGAAGUGGAGCGCCUGAUGGACCCCACAACGUGCGACUGUCUGCAGCAGCCCUCUUCCCAUUACUUUGGGCCUGCUGGUAUCACCACUGAGCCGGGUCACUCUGCAGUACAGACCCAGCGCUCUGAGCCAGCUCAUGGCAUGCCAACAAAUUCCGUAGAGUGGGACCUUGAGAGCGUCGAGCACGCUGACAUUGGAUGGUUCGAUAACAUUUGCUCCUCACCUCCAACAAUGGAGCACAUUACGCCGGACUAUGGCAGCAGCACGCACUUUGGAGUGUUGGACCUAAACAAUGGAGAGAAGUUUCUCCCCAGGAGCACUAUGAGCAGCGAUGACAGUGCUAUCCCCUCCAUGAGCGUCUCUGGGAGGAGCACCCGUCAAAGCAGCAGCAACAUUGGGGCGGCGACCUACACACCCAUGACUACGCCGGCGAGCAGCCCCACGAAUGACGGUUACAUUUGUCGCCUUUGCGGCGCAAACUUCAGCACACUUUCGAACUGUUAUAGGCACGAAGACAGCUCUUGUAAACUGCAAUCGGAGAAACGGACCUUCAACUGCCGCAAAUGCGACAAGUUUUUCACACGGAGACAGCACCUGCAGGACCAUGGGGUCCGGGAGCACGGCAACGGAGCGCAAGCCUUGGACGUUGCGUGGGGCAUUCAGUACCCUUAUCCUUCCUGAAGGGAUGGAAAUCCCUAACGAAAAUCUUCAGCCACAUCCUUGCUUCUUUCCCGCUUUCCAGCAACAACUACGCAUCCGGGCUGCCUGGUCAACCUGAAGUUUCGUCUACUUUCUGGGGCUCUGGGUACAGUGUUGUGCGACAGAAAGCGAUGCAAUGUACGGGCUAGGAACGAACUUUACGAACUUCGUUCCUCUCAUCGAAACUUGAAUAUUCCUGGAUUAUUCCUAGUAUAGCAAUUUACUCUUUCUCUCCAUAAGUGCCUGU